AUGGAUAACAAAGAAAAAUAUAGUUCGUGGAAUGAUAUUGAUUCCGACGAGGAGAUCGUUAUAUCUGGUAUUGCUGGAAGAUUUCCUGGUUCAGAUAACAUAAAUCAUUUACGAGAAAACCUAUUCAAUAAAGUUGAUCUUGUUAGAGCAGAUCAUGGUCGAUGGGAUAGAGACAAUUCGGAAUUACCCAAACGUAUUGGAAUAAUAAACAACUUAGAAAAAUUUGAUGCGGAUUUCUUUGGAUUAUCUUUCGAACAAGCACAUACACUUACGUCCGAAGGGAGAUUAUUACUGGAGCAUACUUAUGAAGCAAUUAUUGAUGCGGGAAUCAAUCCAAAGCAAUUACGUGGAAAAAAUACCGCUGUUAUUGUAGGAACAUCUUUUAUCGAAGUACAAGAAAAACUUUUGUACCAAGAUUUUAAGUUAAAUGGUACGAAUCUUAUUGGAUGUACUAAAUCUACAACGGCAAAUGUAAUCUCGUAUUGCUUGGAUCUGAAAGGACCAUCUUAUACUGUCGAUACAGCAUGCAGUUCUAGUCUUUAUGCCAUGGCUAUUGGUUAUGAAUGUAUCAUGUCAGGCAAAUGUGAAGACGCAAUAAUUGGAACGGCAAAUUUAUGUACUCACCCCGUUAUAAACAUGCAAUUUGCUCGAUUGGGUAUUUUGUCACCCACUGGUUACUGCAGACCAUUCGAUAUUGCUGCGAACGGUUAUACGCGUAGCGAAACAAUAGCAGUGGUGUAUCUUCAAAAAGCAAAAAAUGCGAAAAGGAUUUAUGCUAUAUGUCCGCAUAUAAAAUUAAACAGUGACGGUUACAAAGAAGAAGGAAUAACAUAUCCUUCAUCACAAAUGCAAUAUACCUUAUUAAAAGAAUUUUACGAAGAGUGCAAAAUACCGACGUCUUGUUUGGAUUACAUUGAAGCACACGGUACCUCAACAAAAGUUGGUGAUCCUCAGGAACUCGCUGCUAUCUAUAAUGUUAUGUGUAAAAAUAGAAAAACUCCAUUAAUGAUCGGCUCAGUAAAAUCCAAUGUCGGUCAUGCUGAAGCUGCGAGUGGUUUAACUCAGGUCAUUAAGGUAAUAAUAGCAUUCGAAACCGGUUUUGUUCCACCAAAUAUCAAUUUUACAUCACCAAGAAAAGAUAUAGAUGCCUUAUUAAAUGGAAGCAUUCGUGUAAUCCAAGAAAAAAUGCCACUCAAAAAUGGUUACGUAGGAGUUAAUUGUUACGGUUUUGGAGGAGCCAACGCUCAUAUGCUAUUAAAGUGGAAUCGUAAACAGAAAGUUAAUAAUGGAACACCAAAUAAUGAUUUGCCUAGACUUGUAAUAUUAUCUGGACGUACUGAGGAAUCAGUGAAAUUGUUUUUAAAUGAUAUUGCUAAUCGUCCGAUAGAUGUAGAAUAUAUCCGUUUAUUACAUGACGUCUAUGCAGACAAUGUAGACGGUCACCCAUGGAGAGGGUAUAUUAUACUGAAUUCUUUCCAACAAGAUUCAAUAAUAGAAAUUCAAAACUGUUAUAGUUUAAAAAGACCCGUCUGCUUUAUAUUUUCAGCUUUAGGUUCGCAAUGGCCAGGAAUGGGUCGAAACUUAUUAAAAUUUCACGUUUUUGCAAAAACAAUAAGCAAAUGCGACAAUAUUUUAAAACCGUAUGGUAUAAACAUUAAGGACAUUCUAACAAAUACAGAAGAAAAAGUGUACGAAAACGCAUUAAAUGCGUUUCUUGGAAUUAUCGCUAUACAGGUCGGCUUAGUAGAUCUUCUGACUUCCUUAGGAAUUAUUCCGGAUUACAUGAUUAGUCAUUCUGGAGGUGAACUUGGUUGUGCAUAUGCAGAUAAAUGUCUUACCAUUGAACAAACGAUUUUAUCUGCAUACUUUGUCGGUUUGGCAUGUGCCAAAGGAAAAAUAAUUCAUAGCUCAAUGGUGGUUGUCAGAAUUGAUUACGAUUCUCUGAAAAAUAUAUGUCCAGCGGAUAUUCAAAUAGUAUGUCGUAAUAACGGGAAUAACAACGUCGUGAGUGGACCCACAGAAUCAAUAAAAGAAUUUAUUAAAAAAUUACAGGCGAACAACAUUUAUGUGAAGGAGAUCUACUGCAAUGUACCGUAUCACAGUUCAUAUCUCGCAUCCAUGGAAACUCAACUUUUGCUUAAUUUAAAGAAAAUAAUAUCCUGGCCGAAGAAACGAAGCCAAAAGUGGAUCAGCACUUCCAUACCUCGCACCGAAUGGGUCAAUUCAGCAUCAAAAUUAUCAUCGGCGGACUAUCAUUUGCGUAGUAUAUUAAAUACCGUUCUCUUUGAACAAACUUUACAUCUAAUUCCGAGUAACGCUAUUACUAUCGAACUCGCACCAUGCGGCGUUCUACAGCAUAUAUUGAAAGAAUCUCUGCAUCCAGAAGUGACGAACAUUGUAUUGACUCAACGCACUGAACAAAACAACAAUGUAACUUUUCAAGGAAUUGGAAGACUCUACAACAGUGGAUUACAGCCGCAAGUUGUAAAUUUGUAUCCACCAGUGGAAUAUCCAGUGAGCAGAGGAACUUCUAUGAUUUCUCCAUCGAUCAGAUGGGACCAUUCCCAAGAUUGGCUUAUACCGUGCUCUACAACACAAAAGUCAAUAAAAUCCAGAGAAAGAUAUGUUGAAAUUUCGCUCGACGAUCAAGAUUAUGAAUAUAUGAGCGGUCAUGUAAUCGAUGGAAGAAACUUGCUACCUGCGACGGGUUAUCUUGCUCUUGUUUGGCAAACUAUUGGCAUGAUAAAAGGACAAAUGCAUACAACAAUACCAAUAACCUUUCGAGAUGUAAACUUCAUUCGUGCUACUCAUUUAUCAAAAAAUAAUAUUGUAAAAUUGAAAAUAGCGAUACAGAAAGACGGGAAGUUUGAAAUAACUGAAGGAGAUAGCGUUGUCGUGACAGGUACAGUGUACGAGACAUCGAAUCCAGAACAAGAAAUGAUUUCGACAGAUCUAUUUCCGCAGAAUAAUGAAGAAGAACAUAUGACUGCACAAGAUAUCUACAAAGAAUUUAAAUUGCGCGGUUACGAGUACAGUGGCUGGUUCCGUGGAUUAAACAGCGCCUCUAUUUCAGGAAAUCAAGGACACAUCAUUUGGAGAAAUAAUUGGGUAACAUUUAUGGAUAUUAUGUUACAGAUGCAAAUUAUAGGAUAUGAUACUAGAGAUUUGUACGUUCCUACGAGUAUCCAAAAAUUAAUCAUCAAUCCCAUGCUUCACGCUCGAAAGCUACAGGACUACACAAAUGGCAUAGAAGAUACAGUAAUAGAUAAACAAAUACCGGUACGAAUAUACAAAGAGACAAAUACGAUUAAAGCUGGAGGAAUAGAAAUUCAAGGUCUUAAAAUUACGCAGAUUUCUCGCCGAAAAUUAACCCAAGACGCAGUUAUCGAGAAAUAUACAUUUGUAGCUUAUUAUGAUCGUGCUAAGAUUUCUUUAAAUGAAACGAUUCGAAUAUCAGCCCAGCUCAUUUUAGAAGAUCAUCAAAUUAUCAAUGUUAAAAUCGUAGAACUAGUGGAAGAUGUUGAUGAUGUAGACUUAAAAAAUUUCUCAUCUUCUUUGAUGCUUGAGGCAUUUGGUGAUAUACCAUUGAUACAAACAAAUAUCACUCUGUUAACAUCGCCGAAUAAUUUUCGACCAGCAGACUUACCGCAAAACAUUUUAAUCGGAGAUUACAAAAAACUAUCUGCAAAUGAUAAAAUUUUAAUAAUUACUGGUUUUAAUCUUUUGACCACACAACAAACAUCGCUAGAGCAAGUAUUGCCCUUUUUAGAAGAGGGUGGUUUUCUGUUAACGCGUGAAAAAUGUUACACAACUGACUAUACAAAACAUUUGCAGCAAUACAAAUUAAACGUUAUUCUCGAAAAGCGAACUGAUAAUGAAAUAAUUGUGCUUCUGAAGAAGAAAGUUUUGAUAGAAAAAAGAAUUGUGGUCUAUAUAAAUAACAAUAACUUUGAUUGGCUGGAAAAUUUAAAGCUACUUAUGAGCGAUAAAAAUAAGUUCGAUAAAAAUAGUAGAAUUAUAAUUGUCGGAGAGGGAGAUUUGGAAUGCGGUUUGUUGGGUUUUGUAAACUGCUUAAGAAAAGAACCAGAUAGUGAACUUGUUAGAGGUGUUUUCGUUCAAGAUGAAAAAGCCCCUAAGUUCUCUCUUCAAGAUCCUUUGUACAUACAACAAUUAGAAAAAGAUCUGUCCAUUAAUGUAUUACAAUCUAACAAAACCUGGGGAUCGUACAAACAUUUAAAAUUACAACGACCAGAAGCGAAACUUGUACCAACCGCUCAUGUCUGCCAAAUGAUUCGUGGAGACUUAAGUACAUUAUGUUGGAUAGAGAAUAAUCGACUAAUUGAGUUUCGUCGUGAAGAUUUGGUGCAUGUUGUCUAUUCAUCCUUGAAUUUCAAAGAUGUGAUGCUCGCCACUGGUAAAUUAACAUCUUAUGAACCGAUUUCGCAAGAACGGUCAUAUCAGUUUCCUCUUGGAAUAGAAUACGUGGGUUUCGAUGCUAAUGGACAACGUGUAAUGGGAAUUUCUAAUACUAAUUCUAUAGGAAACGUCGUUGUAAAAAAUAAACAUCUGUGUUGGAAAAUACCUAAUUCGUGGACGUUCGAAGAAGCGGCGACAGUCCCUGUGGUUUACAGCACAGUUUACUUAGCCCUAUACAUUUAUGGAAAAAUAAAAAGAGGAGACAAAAUACUUAUACAUUCUGGUACUGGAGGCGUUGGACAAGCAGCUAUUCAUCUCGCUCUCCAAGAAGGAUGCGAAGUGUUUAUUACCGUAGGCACGAGUGAUAAACGGGAUUUUAUUAGGAAAACGUUUCCGAAUAUUUUGGAUGACCACAUUGGCAAUUCUCGAGACACUAGUUUUGAACAAAUGAUAAUGCAGCAAACGGAAGGUCGCGGAGUCGACAUUGUCUUAAAUUCAUUGGCGGAAGAAAAAUUAAUAGCCUCCGUUCGGUGUUUAGCUCAGAAUGGUCGAUUCUUAGAGAUUGGCAAAUUUGAUCUUGCUUCUAAUAAUCCCCUAGGUAUGUCUGCAUUUCAGAAAGGUAUCAGCUUUCAUGGAAUCAUAUUUGAGAAUAUGUUUACUGAUCACAAGGAUAAGUCGCUAUUAUGUAAAAUGAUAGCCAAUGGUUUGAAGGAUGGAGCAAUUAAACCAAUUCAAGUAAAAGUGUUUCCAAAACCAGAUAUUGAAGAAGCUUUUAGGUAUAUGGCGAGUGGAAAACAUAUAGGAAAGAUAAUUAUAAAUAUUCAUAAAAAGAGUGAACCUGUAGACAAGCAUAUUCUCGCAUACCGUCGCUAUUAUUGUCUCAGAGAUAAAAGUUACAUUAUACUAGGAGGUCUGGGUGGAUUUGGGUUAGAGUUAACCGAUUGGCUUAUACUUCGUGGUGCCAGAAAUGUUGUUCUAAUUUCUCGAAAUGGAAUAAAGAACGGUUACCAACGCAUGAAAGUUCGAUUAUGGAAGUCAUAUGGGGUAAACGUUCUGAUCAUCAAGAAUAUCGAUGUUUCUGAUCUUAAAGAUUGCGAAUAUCUCUUACGAACUGCGGAAAAAGAAGCUCCGGUGGAUGCUAUAUUCAAUCUUGGUGUGGUGCUAAAGGAUGGGGUCUUCAAAGAACAAACAGUAGAAACAUUUACAGAGUCCUUCCAAUCGAAGGCUCGAGCAACGCAAAUACUGGACAAACUUUCUAGAAAGAUCUGCCUUAAUCUACGGCAUUUUGUGAUGUUUUCUUCUGUUUCCUGUGGUAGAGGAAACGCUGGACAGACUAAUUAUGGCAUGGCUAACUCCAUUAUGGAGAGAAUUUGCGAAAAGAGGGUGAAGGAAGGAUUACCUGGAUUAGCAAUUCAGUGGGGAGUUGUAGGCGACGUAGGUCUCGUCGCUGAUAUGCAAGAAAACAAUAAGGAAUUAAUUAUCUGUGGCACCUUACAGCAAAAGAUAUCCUCCUGUCUUGACGAACUUGAUAAGUUUUUACUUCAAAGCGAACCAGUUGUAAGUAGCAUUGUUGUAGCUGAAAAGAAAGGAUUUUCCGGACGUGACAAUGUGAUAGAAACUGUCGCAAAUAUUUUAGACAUAGGUGAUACGAAAGUUUUAAGUCAAACUUUAUCACUGGCCGAUCUCGGAAUGGAUUCCAUGAUGGCUGUAGAUAUUCAGCAAACUCUAGAACGAGAAUUUGAUAUAUUCUUAUCAGUACAAGAGAUACGAAAUCUCACUUUUGCGAAACUUGCUAAAAUGUCUAAUGCAAAUGUCAGUGAUGAUGUGCAUAAUGAAAAGAAACACUACACAGAAAAGUCAAACGAUAUAAAAUUUUUACUUGGUAUUGUAAAAGAUGAAGAUUUCAUUCCUCUAAUCUAUUCGGAUCUGUCUACUAAAAAACAGAAAGCUACUAGCGAAGUGUUUCUUAUACCAGGUAUCGAUGGAUGUGGAACUGUGUUUAAACAUUUAGCACCAAGUAUUAUAUUUUCAAUGACGUUUUUACAAUAUAACGCAAAUAACAUUGAUAUUAGUGCAAAUAUAAUAUCACAGAUGACUGAUCAUCUCAUAAAUCACAUAUUACCAAAACUAAAUGAUGGAAAAGAUUUCAUAAUGGUGGCAUACUCUUUCGGAUCUAUUAUCGCAAUUGAAUUAACAAGAAGAUUAGAAGCAAUGAAAUUUAAGGGCCGACUGAUUCUCAUUGACGGUUCUCCUGAACAAGUACGAACAAUGUACAACUAUUUUACAUCAGCUUCCAACAGUACAGACCUUCAGAUUUAUAUUUUAACUCUUAUUAUGGAAAUUUAUUCACCAGGAAGUAGUGAAAAGAUUCUAAUGGAACUGAAGAAAUGUGAGACUUGGAAUGAAAGAUAUAAUAUUUUUGCCAAACAAUUUUUAGCUAUGAACACAUCACUUUCACCUGCAAAUUUAAAAACGUUGUGUGUAACAAUUUAUAACAAUUUAGUAGCUAUUCGGCAAUAUGAUCCUUCUUUACCACCUAUUAAAACUCCCAUAAUGUUAUUAAAACCUACUCAUCCAAAUAUGAUAGCAAUCGAGGAGGAUUAUGGUUUACACAAGGUAACUCAAAAUACGGUGAAAGUACAUUAUAUUGAAGGUAAUCAUGUAUCGAUGUUAAUGAACGAAAAAGUACCAGCUGCAAUUAACGGAGAACUACCAUUUAUAUUUUAA